AUGGGCCCUCAGGGGACGCCUCUUUUCGGGCUAGGGCCGGGAGCCGAGGCAUGCUGUCCGCAGAACAAAGGCACAGCGGAUAAAUUCUGGAAACCCAUCUUGGCUCGCCGCCCAGGGUACCGGAAUCACCCAAAUGAGACGGAUGAACCGAUGAAGAAGGCUUGGUCUCAGUCCCGGGGAGUGCACACCCGGCUGCUGCAGUCUCCAGAAAGCCUCCGCAGAUCGAAUGGGAGUACAAACGAUUUUGUCGUGCUCACCUCUCUUGCCGCUCCUCCCCGCACCCGGUUCACUCUGCGGGCCUCUUCCCUGUGGGCCAAUUCCCUCCAGAGCCCCCGGGAGCAGGGGUGCACCUACACCCGUGAGCACAUGGGGACCUUUGGCACCCACUCGGACGUCACCCCCAAAAGCCAAACCGAGCACAGAGCCCCGGACAAGCACAACAGCUGCAGCAAAAGCCUGGAGUGGGCGCCGGAACAGGGCCGGCCCCGCGCUACUGGCCCGGGCGCAGUUAUCCAGACUGGGCGCGAGGUGGCCGGGGGUCCCACGUACGGUUCCCGCGGUGCCGGGAACGAGCACGGGCUCUCGGGGGACUUUGCUGGAAAGCCUCCGUCUACGAAGCCUCCAUCCACGCCCAAUCCGAAACCCCAGAGGGCUCAGGUCCGCCGGCCGCAGCGUUCCCAGCUCUGUAGGGGCGGGGGUGCCCGGCCGUGGCGCCCGGGGCUGCGGACCUGGCGGGCCUGCGAGGAGAGGCGGAGCGGCGGGAGGAUCUCUGGCGGAGAACGCGGGGGCGAGGCGGGGCAGAUGCUGGCGGAAGGGGGGCAGACGGCGGACUGUGCGUGGUCCUCCGGGAUGAAGCUCAGCUGGGACAUCAACGACCCGCAGAUGCCGCAGGCGCCAGGGCACUUUGACCACUUCCGCGAAUGGCCCGAUGGCUACGUGCGCUUCAUCUACCGCAGCGACGAGAAGAAGGCGCAGCGCCACCUGAGCGGCUGGGCCAUGCGUAACACCAACAACCACAACGGCCACAUUCUCAAGAAGUCCUGCCUGGGUGUGGUGGUGUGUGCCAGGGCCUGCACCCUGCCGGAUGGCUCCCGCCUGCAGCUGCGCCCCGCCAUCUGCGACAAAGCCCGGCUGAAGCAGCAGAAAAAAGCAUGCCCCAACUGUAGUUCUGCCUUGGAGUUGAUUCCCUGUCGAGGGCACAGCGGAUACCCUGUAACCAACUUCUGGAGGCUUGAUGGCAACAUGAUAUUUUUUCAGGCUAAGGGAGUUCACGACCACCCAAGACCAGAAAGUAAAUCAGAGACAGAAGCUAGAAGAAGUGCUAUCAAGAGACAAAUGGCCUCUUUUUACCAGCCCCAGAAAAAGAGAAUUCGAGAACCAGAGGUAGGAGGGAAUCAAGGCAACGGUGGACAUUUUAACAAUGUACCUCCCCUGGAAAAUCCAGAAGACUUUGACUUAAUUACUGACACUGGCAUCCCUAUUCCAGGGCAGUCUUGCUUUUCCUCCCCAAACUCUGAUGUGUGCCGAGGUACCUGUGACCCAGCCACUUUUCAGAAAUAUCUAAAUCCAAGAAUCUAUUUGCCAAGGCCACUGUGCAGCUAUGAAUUGGCAGGCCCUGGUUACACAAAUUCGAGCCCAUAUCCCACCCUUUAUAAAGAUUCCGGCAAUAUCCCUAAUGACACAGACUGGUCUCAUCUGAAUGCACUACAAUAUGAUGUCAACUCAUACAGCAGCUUUGAGAGAAGCUUUGAUUUCACCAGUAAACAACAUGGCUGGAAACCAGUUCUUGGGAAAUCUGGCACUGCGGAGAGGACUGAACAUGGGCAGUUCCAGGCCAUGGCCACUCGCCCUUAUUAUAACCCAGAGCGUCCUUGCAGGUACCUCACCACUCCCCCAGCGGGCCCUCCGGCCCUGCAGACUGUGAUCACCACCACCACCAAAGUGUCCUACCAGGCCUACCAGCCCCCUGCCCUGAAAUACUGUGACAAUGUACGGGAAGUUAAGAGCCUCGCGGGGUGUAACUAUGCUUCUGAAAACACCCCAGUGGCCAUCUACCCGCAAGCACUGGACCUUCCAGCUGGAACAGCCAGGGCAGCCUCUCCACCAGGAUCACUUCCUUCAAAAGUUCUAGGAGAUUGCAGGGCCAUCAGAUCCACUCUGGCUUUUCCUCAAGAGUCAACUCUCUCCAGGACAGAUGGAGCAGAUCUUUGGGAUGUGUGUGUCUCUGGGCUGGGCACUGCCAUCAAUUUUUCAGAUAGAGUUAGUCCAUUCUUUAACUACGAUAAUGAGGACUUUUGA